UUUUCAGCGUCGUAACCGUGGUUGUGAACCGGCAGCAACCGAACUUCAGCACCGCACGCUGCUGGGAGGUACCUCCGGACCAAAACAAGCUCCUCACAUCUGAAGGCUGCUUACCAAUGACGGAUAAAGGUGAGAUUAUGGACGCCUCAGGCUGCUCUGAAAAUGCGCCAGCAGCCAAGAGGAGUGGGAAGACCUCAUUGCUGGACAGCGGGGAAGAUUUUGAAGUGUUAGAUGAGGAAGAUAUUGAUGACGACCCCCCUCCUCUGGAAGAUGCCGGGGGUGGGAAAGAGAAAAACACAGACCAGCCGGGAAAGACGAAUGCAGACAUCACGACAGAUCCAGAGCCUCCAGCUCAAAUUGACGAAUGGAUGGACGUAUUGGGUAAUGGCCAGCUGAAGAAAAAAGUCCUACAGGCAGGGAAAGGGCGGGACAGUCGGCCACAGAAAGGACAGAAUGUAAAGGUCCACCUUAAAACAUUCCUGAAGGAUGGUACUCUUGUUGAGGAGCAGUCAGACCUCUCUUUCACUCUGGGAGACGGUGACGUUAUUCAGGCGCUGGAUCUAACAGUGCAGCUUAUGGAAAUUGGGGAGAAAGCGCUCAUUGAGACCAAUGGAAAGUAUGCAUAUGGUACACGUGGAAGUCAUGAACCUGAAGUUCCUCCAAAUGCUGAGCUGUCCAUUGAGGUAGAAAUGCUAGAAGCUACUGAUGCUCCAGACCUGGAGCUCCUGCCACCUGCAGAAAAAAUUGCCCUUGCCACCUGUAAAAGAGAAAGGGGCAAUGUCCACUAUCAGCGUGGAGAUUAUGCUUUUGCUGUGAACUCGUAUAGCAUUGCCCUGCAGAUAACAGAAUCCAGUUCAAAAGUUGAUAUCAGUCCAGAGGAGGAGAACGAGCUGCUGGAUGUGAAAGUCAAAUGUUUGAACAACAUGGCUGCUUCACAGUUGAAACUUGACCACUACGAUGCAGCUCUUAAAUCCUGCGUCUCAUCCCUUGCACAUCAGCCAGACAAUAUAAAAGCACUUUUCCGCAUGGGCAAAGUCCUGGCCUUGCAAGGUGAAUACUCAGAAGCCAUUCAAACACUGAAAAAGGCACUGAAACGGGAGCCAAGCAACAAGACAAUUCAUGCAGAGCUCUCCAAGCUGGUAAAGAAGCACUCGGAGGUGAGGGGGGCAGAGCAGGCCAUGUACAAGAAGAUGUUGGGCAACCCCUCGAGUAACAGCAGUGCACAGAAGCGCCACGCUAAGUCUUCAUGGGGCUUCAGCUGGAAGUGGCUUUUUGGUGCCACUGCAGUAGCUAUUGGCGGCGUGGCUUUAUCCGUUGUCAUUGCGGCUAGAAGCUGAAGGAGCCUGCAGGAAUGGCCUCACAGGAGGAAAGGUGCAGUGGGAGAUCUGAAACACAGAAGCACAUCUGGCAGUGCCUAUUGACCUUUGAUAGACAUGGGUUCAAAAUGCCAGUUAGUCAUCUCUUUCCUCUGCUAUGUUUGAGAACUGCGUCUGACCAAUGAGAAAAAAAAAAUUAAUUUGGGAGGUGUAUCCCUAUCAAUCUAUAGAGGAAUACAUUUCUGUCUCGUUGCCAGACUCUAUUUUACAGUUUCCUCUCAUUUCUUUUUGGUAUUUCGGUUCAUGCGUCGACAUGGCUUCUUAAAUGCUUAAAAGAUUUCUGAUUAGAGCAACUUUUAAAGAUUUCUUUUUGUUUUAUGGUGAUUUUUUUUCUAUCAUGAUCUCUUGAUUUGUGACAUUAUGCAGAAAAUGUAUUGGUUCCAAGACAUGAUCGCUCCUUGUUCGAGUACAGUGAACAUUUUUCUUCAUUCCUUAAUUCCUAAAUGGGAUCUGAUCCCGAUCUGGGUCACAUGUACAGACUGCCUGGUGAGUAAAGAAAGUUUAGAUAGGCUAAUACCUUACAUGAUAUUUUCCUUUCUUUAUACGUCAGAAGGCAAGCCUGGAGUCUAAUCGAUAAAGCCAGAUUGGGCCUUUAAAAAAUAAAAUCUGCUGUUGAUAAGAAGUAUGUACUGAUGUGAACCAUGCCCCACAAGAAGAUUUCUGAAGAUUUGUCAUCAGAAAUUGUUGAUAACUAGCAGGGCAAUGACUGAAAAUAUGUAAAUAAAUCUACAACAGAAUGGCUUCACAAACAGAACAUCAGCCUUCUGAAGAGCCCAGGGGUCCAUUUCACACAACAGUUUUUUUUUUCCUUCUCUCUAAAUUACUUCACAAAAUGUCCUUACUUUUCUCAUACUGUAUAAUUCGAGGUCCAGAUGAGGUGAGGGUACCUGUGCUACAGUUUCUUCACCUUUUGUGCAGAUGCCACACACGUACUCUUAAGUAAUCCGAGGAACCAAAACACAGUUUGUGUGGAUUUUCCGACUUUCUCAUUUAGUUCAUUCCUUAGUAUGCAUAUAGAUUAUAACUGAAAAUUGUCUGCAAAUGUAGAUGUGCCAUUCUUUUAAAUCACUGUUUCUGCUCAGUUGAUAAAGAGCUGAUUUUUUUUUUUUUUUUAUAUAUAUAUGAGUGGCAAAGAAAAAUGCGUGGAGUAAUAAUACAUUUUAUUUAAAAGGCCGCUGUACAGAAAGUUAAAAAGUUUCAGAGAUGAGGUGCAUCACGGAGGAAAGGACUGCAAGUAGAGCUUGUUGUGAUCUCAGUUUAUUAUACCUCAAAUCUUUAUAGUCCUGACCGAAUGUUGAAUAUUUACAUUUUAUGUGUAAUGCAGGAUCUAUUCGUUUUUUAAUUGUGCUUUUUUUUUCCCUGCCUCUGAAUCUAUCCUUAAGUUAUUUUUCUUAAGUUUUUUUAUUUAUUCCACUGAGUUUGCUCAUUUUGUCCACACAGUGAAUGUGACGACCGAUUCCAAGUUGUCUUCAGCGUAGUGGGUAGACCAAUCGAGCCAGAAGUUGCAUAAACUCUGAACAUUCUUGUACGCUGAGAAAACAUGAGAGCUCAGAAAAGUUCCUGGCAUUCCCAUUCUUUGUUAAUUUUAUAUUCGUCACAAUAAAAAUGUU